UGGGCCUCACGGUCUCUCAGCCAAAUCAAGCAGUUCAACACCGAAACCUCCGGGAGUCCAAUCUGUAAACUGGUGUAUCCCGAAAAAGAAGGAUCAAUGAUGGGCUCUCUUCGCUUCCCUUUCUGGUUUUCUCAGCCAUCGAAGCGCCCCCACAGCUCUCUUGACUCUUCUUCUCCUUCUUCCUUCUCCGCCGCAGCCGCAUUCGGUGUUGGGAUCGGUCUUGGCCUUUCCAUUACCCAUAAAUUUACAAACCAGAGGGACCCUCUUCUCCAAAGCGCACUCAAUUCCAUCUUUUCGAAUUUCCGAUCCAAUUGUUCUUCUCCAAUGUGGGGUUCUCUCUCUUUAGCCGAUAAUUCCUCCGCAGCCAUGGAACCCAGGACCGGCGCAUCUUUCCCCUCCAUUUUGAACGACACUCGUCGAUUGCUUGGGAUUGGGUUGAGGAAAAAAAGUGUUUUGGGGCUGAAGAACAUCGAUGUAUACGCUUUCGGUGUUUAUGCUGAUGAAAAUGACAUAAAGAACUUGUUGAGUGAGAAAUAUGGGAAGCUCUCUGUUCCCGCGCUGAAGGAAAACAAAGAAUUCCAGGAAGAUGUACUAGAAAAGGAUAUAUGUAUGACUGUCAGACUUCAAAUAGUGUAUGGCAGAUUGAGCAUCAGUUCUGUACGUAGUGCUUUUGAGGAAUCUGUAGGAAGUAGGCUGCAAAAGUUUGGCGGAUCAGAUAAUCAAGAACUGCUUAAGAGGUUCACUUCCCAGUUUAAAGAUGAAUAUAAGAUACCAAAGGGAUCUGUUAUAGAACUUUCAAGGGAAAGGGGUCAUGUACUUUGCACUAAGAUUGAUGGAAAAGAAGUUGGAAGCAUCCAGAGCAAGCUCUUGUGUCGGUCACUUUUAGAUCUGUAUGUUGGUGAAGACCCAUUUGAUAGACAAGCCAAAGAGAAUAUUGAACAGAAGUUGGCUUCCCUUGUAAUUCAAUAGGUAAUUAAUUAGUGCUGAAACAACUGGGAAGGAUGGUUGCAUUAUUUUUCUGCAUAUGGUAAUGUAAACUUGAAACCUUCAAAUAGAUAUCAGAUUUAUGAAA